ACGUUGUCAUGUUCUUCCUCAUCCAUUGGCACCUUGAAAGGCUACCAAAGGCUUCUGGAAGAGACGAAGAAAGCUACAAGAAAGAACAAGGUGGGAAAGAUAAUGAUAGAGAUUCAAUCUCCUUGCAUCAGGGAUAUCGGAGAGGCAUGCACCCAUGGCUGCUGUCCGGUGCCAUUUCUUGGCCUGGUCGAGUCCAGCACCACCAUGCACCACGCAAGAACCACCACCAUUGGAAUCUCACGGAUGAAUUUUGCGAAGCUGACGAAGGAUUCCAUCUUCCCAAACACCCACUUCACAAACCAUGAGUGCCUGCCUCCCCUCCCUGAUGCCUUGUCCGGCUUUAUCAGAGUGUAUCCACAGUACGGUGAGACAGAAGAAGCAGACCGAAUCAGGAACAGUGAAUAUUAUCACCUUUCUGAUCAUGUCUGCCUCGAUUAUACUGGAUUUAGCCUCUUCUCCCAUGCACAAGUGCACUCCUCCAGAGCAUCCACAUCUGGUGAUCCUCAGCCUUCAGGCCUGCUGCAGCCUCCAUAUUUCAGCAUCGCUUACAAGUCAGCAAGCUUGAAAUCUCAAGUGCAGUACGGGAAUCAAGAUACUGCUCUGGAAUCAGCAAUCAGGAAAAGGAUCAUGCAUUUCCUCAACAUACUGGAUGGUGCAUACAGCAUGAUCUGCACUGCCAACAGAACCACUGCUUUCAGGCUGUUGGCAGAAUCCUAUCCCUUUCAUGCCAACAAGGGGCUGCUGAGUGUGUAUGAUUACGAGAGCGAGGCCAUAUAUGCGAUGACUAAGAGCGCUUACAGGAGAGGAGCCAAAGUCAUGUCUGCUAGUUUCUCCUGGCCAAGCCUCCGGAUUCAUUCUGAUAAAUUGAUGGAGAAGCUGAGCAAGAGAAAGAAGAAAAGAAGAGGACUGUUUGUGUUUCCACUUCAGUCCAGGAUUACUGGAGCCAGGUAUCCGUAUUCAUGGAUGACUGUGGCUAAAGAACAUGGGUGGCAAGUGGUGCUGGAUGCAUGUGCUCUGGGGCCAAAGGACUUGGACACCCUCGGGCUCUCGCUGAUCCAGCCAGACUUCAUCAUCUGCUCUUUCUUCAAAGUGUUUGGUGAGAACCCAUCUGGUUUUGCAGGAAUUUUCAUCAAAAAGUCCAGCACUGCAGCAUUGGAGUCAUCUACGAUAGCCAGGAGUCUCGGAAUUGUGAGCAUCAUCCCAUCAAGAAGGCUGUCGCAGCUGACUGAUGAUUAUUCAGGAACAGAUUUGGAUGGCCAUUCCUCUAGAAACCAAUUCGACGAAGACGAUAUUGAGACCAUCAGUUCGUUCUCUGGUCCAAUACCCAUACAUAUCGGUAAUGACUCUGCUGCUAUAGAUAAUGUGCUUGGAGAAUUUGCUUCUACACAAAAACAAAAGCAAGUCGAGAGAUCCGAGCAGGUGGAGAGUUCCAAAGCACGAGAUGAUAAUGAAGAAUCAUCGGGUAUUGUAGAAUUAGAAUGCAACCUCUCCGUGCAAGCAGAAAAGAGCACGACCACUGCUGAAGCAAACAAGAGCAUGGAGAUUGUGUGCAGAGGAUUGGAUCAUGCAGACUCUCUAGGUCUGCUACUCAUCAGCAACAGAUUGAGAUGCAUCACCAACUGGUUAGUCGUUGCUUUGAUUAAGCUGCAGCAUCCUCACUCUGAAAGUGGUCAUUCCCUAGUUAGGAUCUACGGUCCACAAGUAAAAUUUGACAGGGGACCUGCAAUAGCUUUCAACAUCUUCGACUGGAAAGGAGAGAAGAUCGAGCCUGUGCUUGUACAAAAGCUUGCAGAUAGAAGCAACAUUUCUCUUAGUUGUGGGUUCCUAAACAAUAUACGCUUCCCAGACAAAUAUGAAGCUGAGAAACAUAAAGUUUUGGAGAGAAGAGCCUGUGAAAUAACAGUUGCAGGCAACAGAAAGAAACAAAAAACUACUAUGGGAAUAAAUGUCUUAAAUGCUUCCCUUAGCUUCCUCACUAACUUUGAGGAUGCUUACAAACUCUGGACUUUUGUUGCUAAGUUCCUAGAUGCAGAUUUUGUUGAGAAGGAAAGGUGGAGAUAUUUGGCUUUGAAUCAGAAAACAGUUGAGGUUUAAUGUGAAUGAGCUGAAUUUUCUGUAGUUGACUAUGCUUUCUGCUAGAACUGUCAACAUAGAACUGGGGAUACAUUCUUUUACUGUGCUACCAUGUUCAGAUAACGGUAUCUUGAUGAAUAAUGUGAAUCAUCUACUCACUAUUUUUCUCUGGGUCAAAGAAUUGGAUAUGUAAACAAUUGUGCAUGACCAAAUCAAAUAAAUUAUAUGAGGGACCUUAUUUCUCAA